CUGAACGAGAAGCUAAAUUGUGGGAUUGGCUGUUGGGAACUGAACAGCUUGACCUAAUAAUCAAUCAAAUCGAUCUUAACCCGAACCAGAUGUUCAUCGGAGGACGUGCUUACACAAUAAUUUAA